AGUGAUGAUCAUGUUCAUACUUCCUUGUACUAGACAAAUUGUGAAUUUUGUGAAGUUCACAUCAAAAUGGCGGACUUCUAUCGACCAUUUGUUGUUGUGUUUGCGUAUUUAACAUUAUGUCAAGCCCAAUCGAUUCCACCAACCAACCUUAUGGCGGUGUACAAGGCUGAUGGAACCAUCGGGGUCACAUGGGAUCAUCCGGAUACACCACUGAGGAUUGACCAGUACUACAUUGAGUUAAAGGAGGCAGUGAGCUCAGCUAGUAAAGGUUAUAAGUACUUGCCAUCAGAUGUACAACAGUAUCAAUAUAACCAAACCAAUCCAGGGACAACUUACACGAUUAAGGUGACAACAAUCAGAUCUUCUAGAUCAAGUGGCACAUCACUGACAACUGUUACCACUGAUGCAGCUACAUAUAGAAAUAAAGGUGCUUCCACCAGACUGCAGCUUCCAAAGCCGCCAGAUUCUGGUAUAUCAGCGAUUAUGUUAAACAGUUUCACACUUUUUCCUUUCGUUGACGGUGAAAUAGAUUGGUGACCCUGUAAAGGAUGGUGUAACUGUACGUGUGAUAUCAACACGUGCCGAAUUGACAAUUGAUUCUCUGGACACAUCACAUGCUGGAUACUACUUCACCAAGAUGAUAAGUGGGAAUGAUGUACUUGGAGGAGUGUUUUUGGUAGUUACUGACUCGCCCACAAAGCCAACAAUUAUCACCUCAUCUCAGUCCCCUGUUCUCGACAGUUCUGUGACAAUGGGGUGUAUAUCAACUUCGCAAAGUCAGCCUGACAACCAUGAGUUGGUUUUAACAUCUACAUGGAAACUUAAUGGAACUGAGUUUAAAAGCGGCAGAUUCUCCUUCCAAGGCACCAGCCUCGUUAUCAAUCCAGUACGACUGAGAGACAAGUAUACCCGAUAUACAUGUGUGACUAAGGAGACUGGACAUGGAUACAAUGGACCAACCUCAGUGGAAAGUCAGGAAUUCCGACUAACACCUCGCUAUGGGCCUCAGUUUAUAAAGAUAGAGGGCACUGAGGGUCGGUCUCCAUUGAUCAGGGAAGAUGGGUAUGGUCCUGUGGUCUGUAAAACUGACUGUAACCCAUCAUGUGUCAUGGAGUGGCGGAGACAAGGCGCCUCAUUGAUAUCGCCACGUGGGACAACAGAUAAUCAGCUGGAGUUGAGGGACAGUAGACUCCCCAGAACAAGGGAGGUAACUUACACCUGUAAAGCACGACUGUCGACAAAUGCAGGUUUCACUGCACCAACAAUGGAAAAGAAAGUAACAGUUGAAAUUUAUUUUCCACCUCUUAUCACGAUGGUGAGGUACCUGGAAGAAAGUGAUACUUAUCGACCAGUCGGAACAAGUGACAUCAGAAUCGCAGAAGAUUUCAGUUUGAUACUCAGCCUUGACAUCAGCAGCCACCCCAAACCUAACGUAAUUUUGUUGAAUAACCAGAAAACAGUUGCGAUGGGUACAGUUUCUGACACUGCUGGAAUAUACAAUGUUGAAUUAAAUAAUCUUCAGUGUAACCACACAGGAAGGUAUGGCGUCAGGGCGACCAACUUCGUCACUCAGAAUAGAAGUAAUGUCAACUCCGAUGUGAGACAGCUUGGACUUCAAGUUAGUUGUACCCCACGAAGACUUGGGUCUGCCAAUAAUGUAAUUGGAUUGGCAGGGAGAAAGGAUCAGACCAUCCCACUCAAUGUCACAGUGAUCGCCAACCCAGUGCCAACUGGCCAAUGGUCUGAUGGUGUGAGGACCCUUCCUGUUCUACAAAACAACAACUAUACGUAUACUGUCAGGGGAAAUGUCCAGGUCAGGUCUGUGAACGACUACCGAAAAUACCACGUUAACAUCACUAACGGUAUACAAGGGGCAUUGACAGUCACAUUCCAGAUACAUCCUGAAGUACCUGAUAUACCAGUCGACUUCCGUUCGUCAGAAGUAGGAUACGAUUAUGUCAAAGUCAUGUGGACAUCUGGAUUUAACGGUGGAACUUCGCAGCUGUUCCACGUUGAUGUGAUGUCAGUUGGAGACGAAUGGAUAACGGACAUGUUGAAUAUCUCCGAUAAAGGUCAGGGAGUACUGAUGACGCACACACUAGUUGGUCUGACACCUUCAACCUACUAUAUCAUCAGACUCAAUAUUUCCAACAAAGUAGGAAGGGGGAAUUCCACGGAGAUAAGUAUACGAACACGAACAAUUGAGCCCCCGACACAUGUCAACUUAACCGUUCUAAUCUUGGCUGUAUCCGUUACCCUUCUUCUGUUUGUCACCGGAAUUCUUGGCGGUGUGGUCACCUGGCAGAGACGGAAUCAACAAGGUGAUACCACAAGAACAGAAGUUAUAGCGACAAAUGCCGAUGCAAGAAAUGUUAACGUAUCACGACCAACCAGAGGUGGUGCUGCAAAAUGUGAAGCUGCAGCCACAGAUGACGAUGGAUACACACUCACAUUGGAAAUACCGAAAGGUGGUGCCGCAGAUUAUGAAUCUCUAACCACAGACGACAAAGAUUACACUGCCUUGUCAGAAAUAUCUAAAGGUGAUGCUGCAGAUUAUGAAUCGCUAACCACAGACGACAAAGAUUACACUGCCUUGUCAAAAAUAUCUAAAGGUGGCGCUGCAGAUUAUGAAUCUCUAACCACAGAUGACAAAGGCUACAUACCCAUGUCAAAAACACCCAAAGGUGGUGCUUCAAAUCUGAAAUCUCUAACCACAGAUGACGAAGCCUACAUACCCAUGUCAGAAAUAACCAAAGACAAGAAUCAACUUUAUGAUGAUAUUUCUCCAGCAUGAUCUGGUGAAGAAGUCAUACCAGUGUCAAACACCGAAAUGGGAAAGAAACCUUGCUGUGCAUCAAAGAAACACUAAAUUAAGACUAAGAUUUAUUGCAAAUAUUCACUAGGUUAUGGAUGUAAACGUUGAUGACGUUAGUAAUUUAAAAACGACAAAAUAAAAGGCCAACCUCCGUUCUCAUUUUGAUAAAGAUUUUUUACGCUAUCAAACUUUGAUUAGCGAAUUUUUUAUGAAUGUUAAAUAAUAUUUCUUACUUUUGUAAUGUUAUGUUCUCAAGGUCAAGGACUGAUUUGUUAAGAAAGUGUUCCAGCAACUUCUGGUACAAAUAUCCUAAACCAGGACAAUAAUUUGGGAAAAGUCUUUUGUACGAUGGAGUGUCCUAUCCAGGUGCGAUGGUAUCAAGACCGCAGAAAACAAAAUGUCUUACUCUAGAAAACAUUGAUGAUAUGAAAAUGUUAUAAUGUUCGUGUAAUAUUGAUCCUAUACAAAAACAAACAAGGAUUGGUUCAUCUUUAUUGACGUUGAGGACAAAGAAAAUGGCAACAGUCUCAGGACGGAACAUAACACGUCCUAGUUAGAUUCUGAAAUUGUAUAUGCACGUGUAUAUAAAAAUUUGUAUCAUGUCGUUCCUCCUUAGGAGGGAUAUUUGGAGAUCAUAUUCCCUUUUUAAUACCUGUGCUAAUCAUGAAAAUACAACAACAGUAUGAAGUAUUUUCCUUCAUUCCGUAAUUUGUUUUUUGGGUUUUUUGGGGUUUUUUUUCGGAUUACGAUUCGGAGGUAGUUAUAAGGCCUGUCCACAGACGUUUUAUCGAAAUGGCAGACUAAGUGGGCUAUUUCUUAAGGAAACUUAAAAUUUAGUAAAAUAGUACUUUAUAAAGACAACAAGGAAAAUGAGGCACACAUUUUCCUGGUGACUAUUGGCGACAAUGGUACGGAAAGAGUUAUUUCCCUUCACCAACACAAGUUUGUGUCAGUAUAUGUACUGUAGAUUGUUAAGAGCAAGAUAUGAUACAAUUAUAGCCUUUUGAUGAGGUCGAUACAUGGUUUAUUAACCUGAGAUGAUAUCCACAGAAGUACGAGACCAUUUUUUCAUGUUAAUAAAGCCAUGUUUACCCGAAAUCAAAAGUCAUGAUAGUUUUAUUAUAAAUUAAUUGUAAAUAUUGUAUUAUAUUUCUAAGAGUCAGUGAAUACAAGUAAUACAUAUGAUGAUACUUUGUUAAAAAUUUGUCAAUAUUUAAAUAUAUAUUUUAAACAUAAAACUAUCAAAAGUUUAUUGAUGUAUUAGGACACAUUUCUUCCACUUAUCCUUAAAUAUUUCGAUACUGUUUAAACAUUCAGAGCUUUUGCUUAUCAUGUUUCAAUAACGUAGAAGAUUUUUGAUACCGUUAUGUUAUACCAAGGGGAGGCAAUUCAUAUUCACUUAGAAUUUUACCAGGCUUUUUUGCACUUUAAUGACCCUUUUAUCUAAUACAACAUGCCACUAUUUAAACAAUUCAAAACGUGUGAAAAAUAUGAUUUCAUAAUGACUACAUUUACAAAUCUAUUUGUUUGGUCAAUUGGUCAUUGGUGGUCAGUAACAUCAUGGUAAAAUGACCGCGAGGAUAAAAAAAAGAAUCAUUAUGGUAAAAAAAAAAACUGAUAUCCCAUUCACCUCCCCUCGAACUCCGAUAAAAAAAACUUAAAUGUCUUUUCCUAUACUUGAGAAUGACAAAAAAGGAUGGGCACAUUCAUUUGUUGUAUAACCUUAGUUUUUUUCGGGUAUAUUAUGUAUAUAUUUGUACCAAUGGUAACCAUCAUUUAUAGUGUAAAAUCUUCAUAAGUUUUUCCAGGUAUAUUAUGUAUGUUUAUGUACCCAUAUUAACAAUCUUGUAUAAUAUCCCUUUAUAGUUUAGUUCAGUUGCAUAAUGUACGUUCAUGUAACCAUAGUAACCAUAUGUAUGCAUAAGUUUCUUUUUUUUCAAUUCAUUUGCAUAAUGUAUCUACAUGUAACUAGGGUAAAUAUCAUGUAUUGUAUUUCAUAAUUUUGUUCAGGUACAUAAUAUAUGUAUUUGUACACAUGGUAACCAUCAUAUAUUGUAUUACUUUAAUAGUUUUGUUCAGGUAAAUAUGUAUAUAUAUGUACUCGUGGUAACCAGCAUGUUACGUAUUUACUUCAGUCAUUACAUGUGUUUAAGGAAGCACUCAAUUGAAGUCAAGGACUUCAGGAUAACCUCUAAGCAGUACAGGUUACAGCGAGUGUAUCUGAUAUCCGAUCAUUUGGUCAAGUAGUUCAAAGGUGACAUUUGAACAUUUUUAGUAUAGGUAAAAAGUUCUUGGAGAAGGGGUGGGUGGGGGUCGGGGCUGAACUACAUUAUGUUAGUACUUGCAAUUCAACAAUACACCAGAUCCGCCUACUGCAAAAAUCUCGUAGCAUGACUAAUUUCAAUCCAGGUGACCGUAUGCAAUUUGUAUAGAAUGCGAUGGGUUCGUACACAAAAUUAUCACUGUAAAAUCAUCCAAAUCCCAAGUAAACAAACCAGUCUGAUAAGAAAUCCCUGAUUGAGAUGUGACGAUACUUUGUGAUUCACUAUGUUAGUACUGAGACCACGUCUAUGACGUACAAAAGUGUAUCAUCCUGUAUACCAAUCUCGUAUAAUUAUCAUAUUGAUACAUGUAAUUAUCAUUUUCAUAUAUGUUUGUCAUUUUAAUCCAGCUCUAACACGUUGCAUACUCAUCGUCAUAUAGCAAAAUCAAUAGAUCGUAACACAUUUCAUGUAUGGAUGAGAGUUAUUAAUGAUAUUAUUAUUAAAUAAUUAUUUUUAUUGAUACAUGUAAUUAUCAUUUUCAUAUAUGUUUGUCAUUUUUAUGAAUGAGAGUCAUUAAUGAUAGUAUAAAAUGUUGUUUUGUAACCAUGGUUUCACAUCUUUUAUUUCAAAACCUCUGUUUGUCUCUGCAUUUUUUUCCAAUAAAAUUAUUAUUACAAA